UCUCUUCCAAACUACACUUUGUCCUAAGCUUGCUACUACAAUCUCUCUCUCUCUCUCUCUCUCUUCCUUAAUUCUCAUUCUCUUUGUUGAAGUUAUCUUUCUGGCACAAAAAUGGGAACAGGAAGUUCUCCUUGUGCUUCUUGCAAGUUGUUAAGGCGUCGUUGCGCCAAAGACUGCAUCUUUGCCCCUUACUUUCCUCCUGAUGAUCCCCACAAGUUUGCCAUUGUUCACAAGGUUUUUGGUGCUAGCAAUAUUAGCAAGAUGUUGCAGGAACUUCCAAUACAGCAAAGAGCAGAUGCAGUAAGCAGUUUGGUGUAUGAAGCAAAUGCAAGAGUACGAGAUCCUGUUUAUGGAUGUGUAGGUGCCAUUUCAUUUCUACAGAAUCAAGUUUCUCAGUUACAAAUGCAGUUGGCUGUAGCUCAAGCAGAAAUAUUGUGCAUCCAAAUGCAACAAGAACCUGUUCCUUGCAGUUUACCAACAACUUUAAUGGAACAAGAAUUAGAUAAAUCACCCUAUGGAAUAAGUAAUAAUAAUAACAAUAACUUCAAUAAUAAUCUUCAGCAAUAUCUCAGCUUUGCUUCCUCUAGCAGUUCUAUAAUGCAAGAUCCUGUAAAGAGAGAGUCUCUCUGGACAUAAAAAACUAAAUUAGCCAGCUUGUUUAAUUACUUAAUUUGGUUGUCUUGUUAAUGUAGCUAGUGGUAUUAGAUGUUUUGAAGUAGUACUUGUUAACUAAUGAAAUGAUUCCGUCACUUUCAUUUUAUAUGACACUAGU